AUGGAAAUAGCAUACGACCAUAUUCAAGAGGAAAUCCUCGCACCGGAGGAUCAAGGCAAGGGCAAGGAUACGGAGAAACCGAGUGAGACGCUCAACGACGAAUUUAGGGAGGCAUAUAAAGCUGUUUCCGCGUCCCCUUGGGGGUCGAGAUUGGGCUCUUUCUUGGGGACUGUGAGGAAGCAGGUGGGGGUCUUGCUCAAUGAAAAUCUCAUGAUGCAGGUAGGGAUCCGGAAGCUAACCGGUGAUGGGGGUAGGGCGAAUCAUACUACGAAUCUUCAAAGAAGGAAUAUGCUACGGUUUCUGAGCAAGCUACCAAAGGAUUCAGCGAUUUACGCACCAAUCUUGCGAGUCGGACCCGUUCGCUUUCGAUCACCCAGGCGCUCCCUCAAUUCACGCUUGAUCCGCUACCCCUGGCCGAGCAAAUGCAGGAAGGGGAGACUUCCAAGUCAGGGGCUGAGGCUGCUGAAGAAGAUAAGGAGAAGGGGGGGGGUAAGCCGCAGGCAGAAGGGCUACUCUCCAAAUUGAAGAAGGGUGCUGCUCAAAGGAUUUCGGAUCUCGAAGCUGCGGAGGCGAGGGCUGACGAAUAUUUGCUCAAGUUCGGGUCGAAUAUUGGAAGUUUUUUACGUGAUGCAGUUACGAUCGCUCCCCCGGAAGGGAAGGUUGGGGCGGAUGGAUCUGGUGAGGUCGUAUUUGAAGCUAAAGGCAUGGAUGAAGGGAAGAGACAAAUUUAGUAAUGGCUCCCAGGUCCAUCAUGGGGUACGAUAUAGGGCUAAUGGGGGGAAACCUAGCACCACGAGACUUGAUGCUCAACUUCAUCUGCUGCACAGCAAUCAUGAGCUCUUUAGGACAGGGUCAGACACUGACAGUUUUAAAUUUUGGGUUAAAGAUUUUGAUGCGGAGAAAAAAACCAACCAGAUCGUGGCGGAUUUGGAGAGAUAUCCGGAGCUUCGAAAUACUAUGGAGAAGCUCGUCCCCGAUACGGUCCAGUAUUCGGAUUUUUGGGCUAGGUACUACUUCCUAAGAAAUGAACUAGACUUGGAAGAACAGAAGCGAAAGGAGCUUUUGAAGGGUAUUUUGAAACGUUGCUCCGGAUAGGUGCAUUAUUGCUAACAGUUUUAAAGGAGCCGCACUUGACGAAGAGGAAGUCGGUUGGGACGAGGAUGAUGACUCCGACGUGGAAAAGUCCCCUGCAAAAAAUUCCAAGUCUGCAGCCGCAGUGGCUGCAACAGCGGCGUCGACAGAAACUCUGAUUCCUAAGGAAGAGCAUCUCAAGCCCAAGAGUUCAAUUGACCGUACCUCCCAGCCCGAUAGCGAGUCAAGUUAUGAUGUUGUCUCCGCAAACGCUUCCAACGCCCCAAGUCAAGCCGCCGGCAGUCCCCCAGCAACAAAGGUAUCAAGCCGUUAUUCUAGUAUCAGCUACAGGCGCGCGCUGACUUCAUUUUCUACAGAAGGCUACAGAAGCCGGUGGAGCCACCAAGGCCAGCGAGGAUGAGGAUAGUGAGGAAGAUGACGACGACGAAGAGGACGGAGAGGAUGAAGAAGAAAACAGCGAGGAUGAAGACGGAGACGACGGAAGCAGUGAGGAGGAGGAUUGGGAAUGAGCCUGAUAGUGUCUAUUGGAUCUGAGUCUCGCUAGGAGCGGAAAGGGGAGGAGACGGUGAUAGCGAGUUCUGCUCUACGUACCCCCCCCUCUCUCUUUCCCGAGGCCUCUAGAGUCCAUUUUGUCGUGCGCAAUGACAACCCAUAGGUAACAGUUUUUGGGUGGAGGGGGGAAGGCGUUCUGAUUUUAAUUUUUCCUUUCUAACUUUACCGCUUACCUAAUCACUUUGUUGGUUUAAAUCUCAACACGUAGCUCAUGCAAAUUCCGCGCUACCGGUAUUACUCGAGUACUCGAGUAUAUUAUCAGUGCCAAGUUGUGGGUGC